GAGAAGAAAAAACAAGAGAAGCAGAGUUCCUAAAAAGCAAAGCAACAAGAAGUAAAGAAGGCAAAAGAAGAUCAAAUAGAAAACCUAUAGGAUAUUAUAGAGUUAAGCAUCAGAAAAGCAGCAAGUUUAACACUCCUAAAGAAGAUAAAAACACCAGAGAUCAAGAGAAAAAGCAUAUUAUCAGAAGAUCUAGCCAAACAAAAAAAUAA